UAUCGACAUAUCGUUGUCAUGGGAACUCGAGAAACAGGUGACAUCUAGGACAUAGAAUCUUUAAAUUGAAGGACCAAGUGAUUUGGAGUUUAGUUAAGAGGAAGACGCAUGCAGUUUUUCAGUUUGCUAGCUUUGCUAAUAAUGGAGCAAAAUCUUUCAAACGUAUCUACUCCUCCAGAUACUACAGUCGACUGCAAAGAUGCACAAGCACCGACAGAACUGUCGUUUCUGACAUUCUCGUUGUCUCUUGUCUUCUUUUUCGUGGUAGUUUCUGGAAAUUCAUUGGUAAUCUUGGCAAUUUUUAAGGAUCCUUAUAAAGAACUGAAGAAAAAGCCUUUCAUUUUGCUAGUUGGGAAUCUAGCCUGUGCAGACCUCAUCGUUGGACUUGUUGUGGUGCCUAUUUCCGUGGUAUUGCAUUUCAUGGAAGGGCUUGGGGAGUCAAUUUUGCACUUUUCAUGGGUCAAACUGCUACACUUGUCUUACUUCGUUUCCUGCACCGCCUCAUUACUCAGCAUGGCCGUUAUUACCAUCGAUAGGCAUAUUGCAGUUGCCUACCCUCUUCGCUAUAAGUCCAGUGCGAUUUCCAAAAGACCAAGAGUGAUUUUUGUCAUGAUUUGGGUCUUUGCCAUAAGCUUACCAUUUGUGUACUUCAAAGUAGGCUACAUCAGAUACGCUUUUGUCUUCGGGAACAUAGCUAUUUGUGUAACUGUGUCAUUUUUGAUUUCUUGUGUAUAUGUACUUCGAAAAAUAUCUCGAAAUUCCAAUGCUGAAGGUGCGAGAGCUAGUCAGAGAAGCGAGAGAAAUGCCAGAGCCGAAAAGCAUGUAACAAAGGUCUUUUCUCUUGUUUUGGUGGCAUACCUAUUAUGCUACUUACCAUCAUGUUUAAUUAUAUACGUGAUGAACUUUUGUAGUUUUUGCAGUUGUGAAGUUAUACACUGGCUUCGAGAUAURCAGUUUAUUCUUGUCUUGUUGAAUAGCUGUUUGAACCCUAUUCUCUACUCGUGGCAGAUGAAAGCUUUUAGAAGUGCUUUCAAGUCCUUAAUCUGUGGUUCCUUCGAAAGAGCUCACCUCAAUAGCAGCCUAUCCUCUCAGCUGCCAUCGACGUUUUCGAACGAGCCAAGUAUCCUCAAGAGGGAGACUUUUAACCCUGAAGUGCAAACAAACUGCCAGAGCAUAGAAAAUGUUGAACUUGAUGAGUUAUCGCUUCGUAAUUCCUUGUCCAGAACAAGUCCGACUACAAAUAAGAAUAUCAUUCUAUGUUUUGAGCAGAAAAUCGAUAUGGAAUAAGAAUAUAUAGUUAUAAACUUUUCAUUUUAAAAGGUGUAAAUUUCAA